AUGACUCAAGUACUAAAGAAAUUAACCGUUCAAGUACUCAAAAAUAAUAAUGUAGAAAAUAUAUUUAGUGUUACAGCUCUCAGGGCUAACAGUACUUGGUGGAGCAAUGUGCAGAUGGGACCACCUGAUGUCAUUUUAGGUAUCACUGAAGCAUACAAAAAGGAUGCUCACCCAAAUAAGGUCAACUUGGGUGUUGGAGCUUACAGAGACGAUGAGGGCAAACCAUAUGUUCUACCUUCUGUGAGAAAGGCAGAAGAAAUUCUACACAAGAAGGCACUUAAUCAUGAAUAUGCGCCCAUAGCUGGUGAAGCAACAUACACAGAUGCUGUUGCUAAACUUGCAUUUGGGGAAGACAGUCCUGUUAUUAAGGAAAAGACCAACUGUACUGUGCAAACUUUAUCCGGCACUGGUGCGUUACGUCUCGGUCUUGAAUUUAUCACGAAACACUACAGCAAGAACAAGGAAGUGUGGCUGCCGACCCCCACGUGGGGCAACCACCCGCAGAUUUGUAACAUGCUCAACCUUCCUCACAAGAAGUACCGCUACUUUGACCCUAAGACCAACGGUUUCGACCUCCAGGGAGCUCUUGAAGACAUUAGCAAAAUCCCAGAGGGUUCUAUAAUUCUGCUGCAUGCAUGCGCGCACAACCCUACCGGUGUCGACCCGCGACCUGGCGAUUGGGAACAAUUGUCGAAGGUAAUCAAGGACAAGAAGCUGUUCCCAUUCUUCGACAUGGCGUACCAGGGCUUCGCCACCGGUAAUGUGGACAACGACGCGUUCGCAGUUCGUCACUUCGUGAAGGAAGGCCACCAGGUCAUGCUCGCUCAGAGUUUUGCCAAGAACAUGGGAUUGUACGGCGAGCGUGCCGGUGCCCUGACGUUCUUGUGCGGCGACGCUCAGUCGGCCGCCAAGGUGAUGUCUCAAGUGAAGAUCAUGGUCCGCACCAUGUACUCAAACCCGCCGCUCUACGGCUCCCGUCUUGUCCAGGAAAUCCUCACCACGCCCGAACUUAAGAAGCAAUGGUUGGCCGACGUUAAACAGAUGGCGGACCGCAUCAUUUCGAUGCGCACGCAACUCCGCGCCGGCAUCGAGGGCGCUGGCAACCCGCAUCCCUGGAACCACAUCACGGAUCAGAUUGGAAUGUUUUGCUUCACUGGACUCAAGCCUGAACAGGUGGAACGCCUCACCAAAGAAUUCCACAUUUACUUAACCAAGGACGGACGCAUCUCCGUCGCCGGCAUUUCCUCUAAGAAUGUCAACUAUGUCGCUGAAGCAAUCCACAAGGUGACGGCUUAA